AUGUCCACUCUCAACAUCAAUUCAAAGUACCGCAUGCCAUCAGGCUACGACAUCCCGAUCUUAGGAUUUGGCGUCUACCAAACGCCUGCUGAUGUUACCUCUGAUGUAGUCCAACAUGCCCUAAAUGUAGGUUACCGACAUGUCGAUUCUGCCGUGGCCUACCACAACGAGGCGCCAUCUGCGGAAGGCAUGAAGAAAUCCGGCAUUCUGCGCGCGGACCUUUUCUUCACCACAAAGAUACCACCACGUCAAAUGACGUACGAUAAUGCAAAACAACACAUUGAGAACACGCUCAAGGUGACAGGAUUUGACUAUGUGGAUCUGUACCUACUCCACGCACCGUAUGGCGGGAAGGAGAAUCGGAUCGGGGCCUGGAAGGCCCUUGUUGAAGGGGUCCAGGCAGGGAAAAUCCGAAGCAUUGGAGUUUCCAACUAUGGGUGUCACCAUUUAGAUGAGUUGGAAUCAUGGAUUAAAAGCACAGAAGAAAAGGACGGGCAAGGAAAAGGUGGCAUUUUGAGUGUCAACCAGAUUGAACUCCACCCUUGGCUGGCGCGAAAGGACAUAGUAGAGUGGUGCCAGAAAAGAGGGGUUAUUGUGGAGGCAUAUUCGCCACUUGUGCGAGCGACGAAGGCGAACGAUCCCUUGCUGGUUGAAGCCGCGAAGAAAUACGGAAAGACAACCGCUCAGAUUCUUCUAAGAUGGAGCCUACAAAAGGGCUUUGUCCCGCUUCCGAAAUCGGUCACAAAAUCAAGGAUCGAAGAAAACUCUCAGAUCUAUGAUUUCGAACUAUCUGAAGAGGAGAUGCAGAAACUAGACACUGGGGUAUAUGAACCUUGUGCCUGGGAUCCGACAGUCAGCCAUGAUUAA